AUGAUGUCGAGUUUAUUAGCGGACACUCAGUUUUCGGGGAGGGCAGGCUUACUCUCGUGGAUCAACAAAAUGUGCUCAGCGCAGUACCCUAGCGUUGUGUCGUUGCGCGACGGUGCUGCGUAUUGUAGUGUCGUUGAUGCUACUGCUAACCGUGUUGCAGAGAACUGCGCAGCAUUUGGCGUACCUGAACUUACUGUUUAUCAGAAGCGUGCGAAACGGUCGUCACAGCUUCUUGCUCGAGUUUCAUGGGGGGCAACCCUAGCAACUUGCGCCAACCAGGAUCCCUCUCUGGACAGCAUUAAGGAACGAAAUCAGUGUGAAAGGAACAUGCAAACGCUGCAAAUUAUGCUUUACGAGUGCCUGCCACCGGAGUUUUCUUUGGAGAUAGACGUGCCGCGCUUGGCAUGUGGUAAACUGCAAGAUCACGUGCAGCUGCUGAAGCGGAUGCACAUCAUUGUAGGUAAACUUUUGACGUUAUUUUCGAAACAGAGUCUUGAGCUAAGGAUCCGAUCGUCCAGCAACUUCGGAUGUGUGGAAGGUGUGAGAAUAACGCGGGCAAUGAUGCUCCAUCGUAAAGCAUCACAAAAAUAUAUAAACGACCAUUCUCCUAGUCGGCUUAAGAGGGAAGAUGCCGGCAUUUUUGGCGAUACUCGUGGUCAUUUAAGCCUGAGUACAAAUCAGAAAAGUGCUCCCAGGUGCGGUAAUGACAAUGUUAUGCCCGUAACUCCUGGAAGAUAUACAGUAUUAUCUAAAGGACAAAAAGGACCCCCUAAUUCCAGGGGGACACAUUCUGCUGAAGGGACUGAGCUGCGCAGCAGCCUUUUUUCGACAGCAGGUUCUGAUGGUUGUGGUUCCCUUGAAUCCCGCUGCAGCUCAACUACGGGGAUGUCAAAACCUUUUUUUACAGUACCCCAAAGGUACUGUCAUCUGCUUGGCGAUUUACGGCAAGAGGUUGAGUCAUACGAGGCCCUAGUGCAGGCCUCGCAGGGCCGGCAUCAGCGGGGCCUCUUGGCAGGUGAAUGUGGUAGUAACGAUGAUGCCCAGAUGGUGGAACGAAGUGGUAUUAGCACGUUUCAUGGGGAUGCGCCAGUUGUAUGCUUGGAGAGCUUGGGCACACUAUCUGGGAAGAGGGAUAAGCUUUGGCAAACUCUUAGUGUGAUACAUGGCACCGCAGCUCACAGGGCAACUGAAUUGGGUAUAGGGGGCAACGGUAAAGCGUCAGCGCCGCCCUUGCUAGGAGAUAUCUUGUCAGCACUAACCUUGCAGUAG